UUGCAGAUGCUCCAAAAUGGCCGAACAGGCUCCGAGAGGUUUCAACAGAAGGGGAGCUUUCAAGCACAAAAAUGUGUUCAAUGUGAAAGACCAUCAGUUUAUUCCUAAGUUCUUUCGACAGCCGACAUUCUGUGCCCAUUGCAAGGAUUUUAUUUGGGGCUUGCUUGGAGCUCAAGGUUUUCAAUGUAAAGUUUGCUCGUUUGUUGUGCACAAAAGAUGCCACGAAUUCGUCUCCUUCAAGUGCCCGGGAGCUGAGGAUAUCAACGAAAAUAUACCAGUUUCUCCUCAUCAUUUUAAAAUUCACACGUACUCAAGCCCAACAUUUUGCGACCAUUGCGGAUCCUUGUUGUACGGUCUUAUUCACCAAGGAAAGAAAUGCGAAGCUUGUGAAAUUAAUGUACACAAGAAAUGCGAGCAGGCAGUACCGAAGCUUUGCGGGGCCGAUCAUACGGAAAGACGAGGGCGAAUCCAUCUAAAAGUUACCUAUGAACCAGAAUCAAGCACAGGAGGAGAAGAGAAAGGGACACUCAGAGUUGAAGUUCGAGAGGCCAAGAAUCUGAUCCCAAUGGAUGUUAAUGGCUUUUCUGAUCCCUAUGUCAAAGUCAAACUGUUACCAGAYCCAGAUAGCAGCAGCAAGAAAAAGACAAAGACUAUCAAGAAAACACUGAAUCCAGUCUACAAUGAAUCAUUUGACUUCAAAACCAAAUCAAAGGACAAAGAUCGAAGACUGUCAGUGGAGGUCUGGGACUGGGACAGAACUUCUCGUAAUGAUUUCAUGGGUUCCCUGUCKUUUGGAGUUUCUGAGCUUCUCAAGCAAGGCGUUGAAGGAUGGUUCAAGCUGCUCAGUCAAGAAGAAGGAGAAUAUUACAAUAUACCAAUCAAUGAUGAUGGUCAGGCUGUUUCUGAAUUACAGAGGAAGUUUAAGUAUUUGAAAACUCAAUUGGAGGAAGAAGAGAAGCGUUAUCUAGCUAAGAAGGACAUGGUUGCCUCGGACCCUAACUGCAAAAACUUUAGACCAGAAGAUUUUCAUUUUCUGAAAGUGUUAGGAAAAGGAAGYUUUGGAAAGGUCAUGCUUGCAGAAAGAAAGAACACGGACGAGGUUUAUGCCGUCAAAGUGCUCAAGAAAGACGUCAUCGUUCAGGAUGAUGACGUUGAGUGUACCAUGACAGAAAAGAGGGUUUUGGCUUUACUUGGUAAACCUCCGUUUCUAACAUCGUURUUUUGCUGCUUUCAGUCAUUGGAUCGACUAUACUUUGUCAUGGAGUUCGUUAAUGGUGGUGAUCUUAUGUUUCACAUCCAGCAAGCUGGACGGUUUAAAGAACCACAGGCAGUGUUCUACGCUGCAGAGAUCGUUAUUGGAUUAUUGUUUUUACACAAGAGAGGAAUUGUUUAUAGAGAUUUGAAGCUUGAUAAUGUGAUGUUAGAUAGCGACGGUCACAUCAAGAUAGCUGACUUUGGUAUGUGCAAGGAAAACAUGGGCGAAGGCAAGACAACACGAACGUUUUGUGGUACGCCGGACUAUAUAGCACCGGAGAUCGUAGCCUAUCAGCCUUAUGGCUAUUCAGUGGACUGGUGGGCRUUGGGUGUCUUGAUUUACGAGAUGUUAGCUGGGCAGCCACCAUUUGACGGGGACGACGAGGACGAGCUGUUUAAUUCAAUUUUAGAACACAAUGUGUCUUAUCCCAAAUCAAUGUCAAAGGAAUCAGUGUCUAUUAUCAAAGGGUUCCUUACGAAGCAUCCUGCCAAGCGACUGGGGUGCUCCGACAAUGGCGAAUUCGAAAUCCGUGAUCAUCUGUUCUUCAGGCAUAUUGACUGGGUUAGGUUGGCUUCAAGGGAAGUUCAGCCACCUUUUAAGCCGAAAAUCAAAUCCAAGCGUUCUUUUGAUAAUUUUGAUCCCGAGUUUACAGAUGAAGCUGCUCGGCUGACACCGUGUGACAAGUCGUUCAUAGCUAACAUAAACCCAAAAGACUUCGAAGGCUUCUCGUAUGUUAAUCCUGAAUUCGAAUCAACUGAAGGCGAAAUCAACCUCUGAGGGAAACCACAACCCUUUGCUUUAGGUCAAUUCUCUCAAUUCUAGACAUCAUAACAUGAAAAUUAUUAUAUAAUGAAUCGUUACCAGGUCCYCGCUGGUAGCACUGUCCUUCGUCGGACGCGUUACGUGUCACGUGAGACCUUCAAGUGGACGGUUUUUAGUCACGUGCACCGUUUCCAAUCCCACUCGUCUCAAUCAAGCUCCGAAGGACUAGAAAAUAGAUAUUGUAAUAGUAGAUUGGAAAUUUGGAUUUCCUUUGUUCGAAAUUCGAGUUAUUAGAUUUUCACACAUUUGGGGGAUUUAUUUUGAUAUGAUAGUUUGAGGAUGUCCCACACGUGAGAGCGGGUUGCUUCUGUAUAAAUUAGUCACRCAUGUGCGGGUUUAUUGUAAUUCCAUCGAGUUAUUUAUUGUUCUGUCUUCUAUGUUGUCACGAUAACUCRCUAUAUUAUCCCUAUAAACCGUUUUUUUUUUAAACGAAAGAAAUACAAAGGAAUUUCAUAUUCAUAUUCAUGUCCAGCGGUGUUUSCCUUUGAAAAUAUUGCGGGAUACCUGUGUUAGAAAAUACUAUCGCGCAACRGAUUUCAUUGAGGAAAAUACCUCUUUAGCUUCAUUAGGCACAUAUAGAAGUAGGAAAAACAAUUUUUGCUAUAGUAAAACUUGCACGGAAGAAGUUCUAGUCUUAUAUCUUCUGGCAACGGAAUAUCUGCGAGGGUUAAAUAGUAUUUGAAUCGUAGUGCGAAGAUUAUGUAGACAUAAAUUAUGAGAUUUAAUCCAGUUUUCCAAGAUGGUAAAGACUCCGGUCAUAUGACCCCAGGCUCUUUGAAAAGUCAAUCGAAGGCAAAUGGCGGAGAUAGCUUGGGCUGACGUUAUAUGAUGAAUUAUCGGUAAUUAGACUGUUCACAAGCAGUACAUUUGUUUCAACYUCGUUCACAUGCAAAUUGCCGACCGCCAUACUGGAUUGGGACGAUAGGUUAGUUUGUGAGCACAAUAUCUUGGCAAAAAUUAAUAUAUUAAGAAUUCAACACAAAACGACUGGAAGCUGUCUAGAAAUAUUCACAAUAUUAGAAUUUUUAAAUUAGAAUAAGAAAAUAAUUAAAAUACGCGUGUAAUUUAGGUUUGUGGGUCAAGCGGUUAUGUUAGAGGUUGUAAUUUAUUCAUUCCACAUAAUACGUCGUUGUUUUUGGUCAGCAGACUUUGUAAAUAGAGCACAUAUCACCAGUAAACAGGAGUUAGCCUGAGAUGUAGUCACUCAUUUUGAGUUGAGAUAUUAAAAUUGUCACACUCGA